AUAAAGACUUUUCCUCCACUGGCAUGAACUGAUAAAAGAGGAGCAGGAAGCAAUGGGAGCCUGCCAGGACGUAAUAUUUCCUUGUAGGGCUGAGAAGUCUAACCAAGUCAUUUGCAUGUCCCUUUUUUGCUCUGGCAUGUUUACCGAGCGGGACAGGAGCUGAAUGAGAACUCGGGCUCAGCUCACUCUGCUGCAUCUUUACCCAGGCUCCUCGCUGCUGCCAUCCACUCAGCUGCUGCUGCUGCUGCUAACGCCAAUGUAAAAACCAGGAAUUAUCUGGGUCUGUCCGAUUACACAGUUUCGUGCCAUGGCAUCUGAAGGAGCUCCGGCCAAGAGGAGCAAUCUAGUGGCAUCCAGGGUCCACUGGAGCCCCAUGGACCUACCCGAGUUCAUCACAGCUCACGACCAGGACGCUCACGGAAACUCGAGCCAGGACAGUGUCAGGAAAUGGCUCACCACCACUGUGACUGAGGAAGAUGCAAAGCAUGAGCCACUGCGGGAAGCUGCAGAGCCUCUGAGGAGGAACGCCAGCGUUGACGAUGACCUGGCCUUGGGUGUUGAAGCGUCUUUAUAUGGUAGCCAGGGAGUGAGGACGGUCCAGGAGUUUCUGAGGUGGCGCAGGUCAAGUCCUGCUCUCAGCAGGUGGAACAGCUUCAGCACAGCAGCUUCAGCUCACUCUGGACCACUCAGUGUAAUGGACGUACUCAACCUGUGGAAUGAUGACCCAGAGGAGGUUCUCUUGGACCUGGGCUUUGGCUGCGAUGAACCUGACCUCUCUGGACGCAUCCCGGCUCGAUUCAUCAAUCAUCAGUCUCAGGCGAAAGGAAUAAACCUCCAGGUGUUUCUGGAGGCCCAGAAGAGCCGGCUAGACCUGGAGAACCCAGAUGUCAGCAAUCGUUUUAGACAGCUUGAGGUUCUCCAGCAGGUAACUACAGCAUUCUCGUCCUUGAUGGGGUCUUCCUCGUCCUCCCCUCUCGCGGCACCGCUGGGGAAAGCCCUGUCUCCUGAGGCCCGGGAGAGGAGGCGGCGCAUGGGCAUGCUGCUCAGACGAGCGUCAAAGAAUUCACUCAGCCAAAUCCACAACCCUAAAACCCAGGACCUAACUACACCUGCUACCACCUCUUCUCCCUGUGCUACACUGGAGUCACUGCAACCUCCACUCAGUCUUGGAGACAAGAAAGUCCUCUUAAAAAGAGUCAAACCUGGACAUUCGGAGACUGUGUGUCUGAGUCCUCUGGCAGAAGAGCUAGGUGCCGUUCCAGACCCUCAGCCCCAGCCUAACAUGGCCCCUUUGAUAGUCCAGGAGGGAGCACUCAGACACUGGCCAAUGACGGAAGCGCACCCCCUGACAGCCAACACUUUUUCACUGAGGCAGAAGAGCCCAGGGCAGGCCAGGGAAUCAUUUGAAAUGGAAGAGAUCCACAGUUUUGAUGAAAGUAGUGUCACAGGGAGCUACACAGGAGGAGCAGAAAAUUUAGCGCGGUGUGUAAUACGGACCAACAGCUGCCAGUCAGACAGCAGUGGUUUUUUAGAGGAGCCCUUCAUCCCCUCGCUCUCUCAGCAGGCGUCACCGGGACCAGAUCUCAUCAAGGCUCUGUCGGGCCUGUCAGGAGGGAGCACUGACAGCCAGAGCAGUGAGAGGCCGGGCUCCCCCUCUCCUUCGCCUCUGACCCCUCCUCUAUCAUCUCUGACCUCUUCUGGAGUUGACAAAUCUCUUUCCCCACCCAGUCCUUCAGAAGAGCCUCUGUUAGUCUUCAGCCCUUCCCCAUCUCCUGUCUCAUUGUGUCCUCCAAAGUUGGACCUGCAAAAAUCUCCAGAGACGGAGACUGCACCAGAUCAGGAUCAGUCUCCACCUGCUUCACCGCCUGCACUGGUGUGCGAGUACCUUUCUCCUCGCUCUCCCUUGCCCGGGUUACAGAACGAAACUCACUCCCAAUCUCCAACUCUCCCUUCGCCUGCCGCCUGUACCUCUCUCUCCCCUACAUCUUCCCCCAUGCAGCCUGCCUCAUUGAUUAGAGGGUCCGAGGAGAUUAAAACUGAGGACAAGGAUGCUCCAUGCCCCCACCUCUCUACUCUAUUUUAUGACUCUGAAGGCCCGGCAUGCUCUACCUGUUUAAGUGUCCCUCAUCCUGCCUCAUCUCCUUUUCCCAUUCCAAAUUUGGACUGUCUGUUUUCUGCGUCAAUUGCUAUGCCUUCUACACAGCCUGACUCCUCUGGGAGUCCAGCGAACACACAGUCAGAAUGGACUGAUGUGACUUUGCAUGGAAACUCCCUCUCUGCGUCUUGUGGCGUAUCAUCUCUGCUUCCCACUUCCCCACCUGGUUUCCAUUGUCCAUCCUAUUUAGCUUCCCCCCCACUUGUUGAGUCCCUCUCACAGAGUCCAGAAAACAGACAAAAAGAUUCACUUUUCCCAAACUCAGAUGGAAUAGGCCUCUCUGAUCCACCGACCAAUACACAGAAAAAAGGGGAAGAAACACACUCCGCUGUCUCCUUGCAGUUGGACAAGGACAAUCCCUCAGCUCUAUCCUCUCUCAUUCUGGACUCCUCUGAGUUUGAGAAGAGUUGUCCCACGCUGCCCUGCCAUUCCCCUAACCCUUCCAUUUCAGUUUGUCAGUCUGCCAUGUCAUCACUAUCACAUGAUUCAGAUGGUCCGAUAGAUCCAGCUGUUGGAAGAAUUUCAGACCUGACGGAGCAAUCCAUCUCCCAACAGAACAGACCAUGUUCUCAUGAUGACACAGAUGAUGAUAACACAGACCCUGCUCCAGCCUCUCCUGUCCAAGAUGUUAUUAAUUUUAAGAUGAAUCACCUUUCCUUGGACCUUGAGGAUACCCAUCAGAGGAAUGGAAAGGGAGAGGUAGAGGGUGAGAGAUAUACUGACACAGUGCAGACUCAAGAGGCUGUUGUUUACAUCACAGAUACAGACAGUUAUGCAGGCCUGUCAGAAGGUUCUAGAUUAGUCUCUAAGGAAUUAUGUAACCAAACUGAAAUAGAUCCACAGGUUCUGCCCUGUAGUUUGCAUGAUGAGCUUUCAACUGGAACCCAACCGGAACAGUGUCAAAGGGAAAUGAAUGACUCAGAAAGUGAAUCACUUAGAAGUUCUUUAGUUUUACCUGAAGAUGUGCCAGAAGCACACAGUAGAACUGAAGUGGAACCCAAGGAUCUAAUUAGGAUCGAGAGCUUAGAUCAGGUAUUUCAAACCUCAGUGGAUGGCUCCGAAAGUGAAAAUGGAGAUAUGGAUGCCUUUUUUCAACAGCUUGAUACUGAAGGGCGAGUCUACUGGGCAGAACCCAUAGAGGUUUCCAAUCCAUCCAGCUUUGAAACCUCAGACGGAUCUCCUGGGAAUUCUCUGUUGCCUAGUGGCCCAGCUGUUCAAGAUUCAUUUUCAUCCACAGGCAGAGCAAGGACUUUAUCUUUGUCAUCCUCAACAACAAUGGACACUGACCAAACGUCAAGAAAUGCAACUGCCUCCUCAGAUACACCCUCCUCCUUUACCCUAGCUCCAUUCCCAUCCCCCACCACAACCCUAGACCGCAAGCCAUCAAGCCGCUCUGUUUCUGUCCAGAUGUCUUCAUCCCUAUCUUCUCAUAUUGUCAACAGGAAGGAUGUUCCCUUCAUGACCGAUUCAAAACGCACCCUUCUCACUAGUGUUCUCCCUUUGGACACCUCCACCCCUUUCCGUGCUGUGCAGUCAUGGACAGACCUGCAGAUUCAACGAAACACUCUCACCAACAAGUUAUCACAUGGGGCUCUUUAUACUGCCCCAAAUGAGGUAACCGUAUCCACGGGUGCCUCAGAAAUGACACCUGCACUGAACUUCUCUUCAUCUCCGUAUUUCCCUCUGCUGUCACAUGACUGUGUCCCUUGGAUGGAAAGAAACGACAGUACCAUGUCAGUCUCUGUGGAUAAAGGACUGUGGCCUGAUGAGGAGGAAGACGAGGACGGGAUUGGAAAUGAAGAUGAGGAGACGUUUUGGGAGGGCAAUCAGACAGCCACCGUGGCAUGCUGCUGCUCCUGUGACCAUCAGUGUACCCAGAACACUCUGGGAAACACUCCUUACUCUCUGGAUGAGUUGGAGGAGAUGAUGCUGUGUGUGCAGCAGUUUCGCUCAGUACUCAGCAACAUGGAGGAGCAGCUCUCUGAAGACCAGGCUGCAGUUUACAGUGUUCUCUCUGAGCACGACAGGGAGAAGGUUCGGGACAUAGAGGAGCUGCGGCGAGCAGUGAAACGGGAGGCUGGAGAGCUGGAGAUGCAGUUGAAUGAACUGGCACAUCACUAUGACGACAGCUUGAAAAUGAAGAUGCACAGACUGUUGGAUGAGCAGUCCCUGCUCUGCUCUCAACUCAGAGUCUUUCUGCCUGAAACGGUGCCCACAUCAUCCAGCCCCGCCCCCCACAGGACAGUAGCCACUCAGUGCUGUCUGCUGCCCGGCAUCCCGCCAGCUGAUGUGCAGAGCGGCCACGUCUCUGCCUGGAGCGCCUGGAAUGCUGACUCCCUUAGACAGUCACCGUCUGGAUCAAAGUGCAUCUGUGAGGGCCUGGGCUGUUCUCCUGCUAAGGCAGACAAGCUGGACAUGAUGGGCUUCCUGCAGAGAUUGAAGGAGUCUUUGCGUCAUUCUUUGAACACCGAUUCGUUGGAAUAAAAGGUGUCUGCGUGCUGCAUGGGGACUGCAUCUGACACCUGAAAAUCUGAAGUUUCCUGUAGUCUUCCAUCCACUGAAGAAUAUGCCUAAUUUUUUCGUAUUUACAGUUUUGUGAUAAAUGUCUCACAUGUGAUUGUAGAACCACUACAAGCUGCAUGACAUGCAAACAAGAAACAUGUAAUAAUCCUAGGACCUAAAACAAAAAGCAAUAGUAACAGCAUAGGGUAUGCUGUUUGUUCAUUAUUUAAAAUUCAUAUUUACAAGGUAAAAUAUAUCAAUAUAAAUGUAGUUAUAUAAAGAUGUAUUUAAUGUAUGUUAUUACACACUAUGCCUCUGCUUAGUGAAUGCACAAUGCUUCAUAUGAAUAAUUGCACUACACUCUACCUAAGAACCGUGAAACAUGUUUGUGUUGUUGUUGUGUUCAAGUACUCCGUGAGUCUUUGUUGCAUUGUCUAAAAACACAUUGGGGCUGUCGUGCUGCAGCACACACUUGAGAGCAGGAUGUACCAAUUACCAGAGUACAAUCGCUCAUCAAGACUUCAAAAGGCUUUGGUUUAUUUGGAGCAUCACAAGUGUUUUAUUUUGUAGGAAACAGAGCCAAUAUAACUCACCUGCCUUAGAAAGAACAUGACCAGAAACAUACACAAUGUCACUUUCCUAACAAUUAAGAUGAUAUACUUGUGCAAUAUAAAAAAAAAGUGUCAACGUUUUUAUUUUCUUAAUACUUCUUUGGUUUUUGGUGAGUGUAAUGAUGCAUGCAUUUUAUUGGCGUAAACAAGGGCUGUAACUUGA